AUGUUCUUUCUCUCUCUGCUCCUCCUAUGCGUGCCUCUCGUUUCCAGCAUGCCUCGCAUGCACAAGCAUCACCAGAGAGCCAUCGACACUAAGCCGUUUAGCGGGCAAUUCGAUUCUAUUGAUGUUGGACGGUACUCGGUACUUAACAAUCUUUGGGGCGAGCAUGAUGCUACCUCUGGCUCUCAAUCCACUCAGAUUACGUCGCUGAAAGGCAGUACUAUUGCUUGGAAGACGAACUGGACUUGGACUGGCGGAUAUCAGGUUAAGAGCUUUGCCAAUGUCCAACUCAACACCGGCAUCAAUCAACAACUGAGUGCUAUUUCCAGCAUGCCUUCUAUUUGGAACUGGUCUCAGUCGAACACUGGAGCUGUAGUAGCUGAUGUCGCCUAUGACUUGUUCACAUCUGACAAAGCUGGUGGCUCUAAUGUGAACGAAAUAAUGAUCUGGCUUGCCAACUUCAACUCUGGACCAAUCGCUGGGCAAUACAAUGCUGCGGGUGAUGCCAUCCCGCUUUCGAAAAACAUCUCGAUCGAAGGUCAUACCUGGAACUUGUACUCUGGAUCCAACGGAUACAACAACGUUUACUCCUUUCUCCUGACAAAUGGUACGGUCAAGUCGUUCAAGGGUGACAUUUACCCAUUCUUUUCGCACUUAAUUCAUAACGAGGGCAUGAGCUCGUCACAGUACCUCGUCACUGCUCAGGCGGGCACAGAAGCUACGUCUGGAAAGGCGAAAUUCACAACGUCCGCCUACAGCUUGACCAUCAACUAA